AUGGCACAGACGUUCUGGCCAGAGCUCACUGCCGACGAACUCAGGGACCUUUACCAGACUGUUUGCCGGAAUCGGUCAGGCUACGUCGAGCUCCACGAGUUCUGCGCUGCGUUGGGCUUCGACCCCCGGGCCUCACCCGCUUCGCAGGAAACGGCAAGGUCUUUGUCGCAGCUGGAUGGCGCCCUGCAGGUGGUCUUGGAUCGCAUUCGGAUUUCGAUCCUGGAGGCACCGUGCGCUGUUGCUUUGAUUGGUUUUUGUUGCUCAAACACCGCUGGCCCCAACGAGUACAGUAUGACUAUGACCGUCUAUGACCACUACAUGCUUCCCAUGCUGAGUGGCGCAAAGACAACGCCGUGUCUCUAUUUCGCGCGGUUGGCGCUGCCAAGCCUGGCCAGGUCCGAUGUGGAUGGAUCUGUGGUCACUUGGGGCGAUCGGGAGUGGGGAGGAGACUCAUCCAAAGUUCAACGGCAGUUGGUGAAAGGUGCGGUCCAGGUGUUUGGAACUUACGGCGCUUUUGAUGUGGAUUCGGCGGCCGAGAACGAGGACGAGGAUCAAGAAGGCGUUCGCCACAUAUGCGCCUCUUAUGGCGCUUUUGCAGCAGUCAAGGAAGACGGAUCUGUGGUGACAUGGGGUCAUCCAGAUUUCGGCGGCCUGUCCUCAGAGGUCUGCGGGCUCCUCAAGGGAGAAGUGGUCCUGUGGUGCGUGCCACUCGAAGUGCAUUUGCCGCCGCCUGGUGCAGCACUUAAGGCGGAUGGAUCAGUGGUGACCUGGGGCGACCCUUCUACCGGCGGUGACCCCGGCGAGGUGACAAGCGACGGGGCCGUAGUGAGCUGGGGAAGCGAGGACUCGGGUGGCAGACAGCUGGACAGCUCCAGCAAACUCCGCCAAGGAGUGCGUGAUGUGUGCAGUAACUUCGGGGCCUUUGCGGCGAUCAAGGUGACGCAACUUGUGGUGGCGACACCUUCCCAGUUCAUUCUGAUCUCAGAAGUGUCCAGCAUGCAAGUCUGCGGGACUUACAGUGCCUUUGCCGCCUUGAAGCAGAACGGCACCGUGUUGGCAUGGGGAGAUGCAGACUGGGGUGGUGAUACGUCGCAAGUCGAGGAGGAGCUGAAGGGCGUGAGUCAGGCUCCAACUUUGUGGCUGAUUGACACCUCGAGGAAUGAUGGCUCCGUGAUCGCUUGGGGUGACAUGGCAUGCGGUGGCGAUGCCUCAGCAGUGGCCAGCAGGAUACGCAAGCGUGUGUUCCACAUAUGUAGCACAUAUGGUGCUUUCGCUGCGACGAAAACUGAUGGAUCCGUUGUCACUUGGGGUGAUGCGGACUGGGGUGGAAACUCCUCGACCGUACAGGAUCAGCUCUACAUGAUCUCGUGCGUUUCAGGGACGUUUCGCGCCUUCCUAGACUUCCGGGAGAGUGGCACCUUCUUCUUGGGUGACGAUGCUUUCGACAGCAGCGACGCCAGUUACGAUGGGCUGUUGGUGGGAGUGGCCAGAAUCUCUGGUACCGGUGGUGCUUUUGCAGCCACGAAGGUCGAUGGAUCUGUUGUCACUUGGGGCGAUCCAAAGUGUGGCGGCGAUUCGUCGAAAGUGAAGGAGCAGCUGAGAGGAGUUGUCGAGGUAAGCCACACAGCCGCAGCAUUCGCUGCGCGGUUGGCAGACGGUUCCGUGCUUGCCUGGGGAGAUCCAGCAUGUGGCGGUCAAAGCACAAGCAGCCAGAAGUUGAGAAUGGGCGCAAGGCGUGUCUUCGGUUUGUACAAACUUUUCGCAUGCAUCAGGGCAGAUGGAACUGUCUCCAUGUGGGGAGAUGAGACACUUUGCAUGGAUGGAGCUGGUCUGAAAGACGUUGCUUCCGUCGCUGGCACUGCUAAAGCUUGUGCAGCAGUUACCGCAGAUGGAUCUGUGCUGACAUGGGGAGAUGAAAGAUGGGGAGGGGACUGCUCGAAAGUAUCGUCUCAGCUUCAGGAUGUGCAGCAGAUUUGCGCAACAGGCGGAGCCUUUGCAGCUCGGACACAGAGUGGGGCUGUGGUAACUUGGGGCGAUGCUGCAAGUGGGGGCGACUCCUUGGAAGUGUGGGACCAGCUUUCGGAUGGUGUCGUGGACCUGAGCCACACGAGCAGCGCCUUCGCUGCGAGGAAGGCAGAUGGCUCGGUUGUGACGUGGGGCAAUGAGGAUUUGGGUGGAAACUCUUUCGAGCUGUCCUAUGACCUGAGCUCGGACGUGGCGCAGGUUUACGGCAACGGCGCCGCUUUUGCUGCGCUGAAAGUCAAUGGAUCGGUCGUGUGCUGGGGCGACGCGAGCGCUGGGGCUAAUUUCAGACUGGAGGGCGUGGUUAACAUAUGCGGCACUUACAGGGCCUUUGCUGCCGUGAAGGAGAAUGGCUCCGUAGUGGCGUGGGGUGAUCCAGACUGUGGAGGAGACUGCUCCAAAGUUGCUGUCGCACUGCGGGGGGAUGUCGUACAGCUUUGCGGAACGUUCGGGGCCUUUGCAGCUCUGAAAAAAGAUGGGACAGUGGUCACAUGGGGAGAUCCAGAAACUGGAGCUGACUCCUCGAUGCUGCAGCCAGUCCAUGAACCAGAUAGCAGCGACGAGAAGAGCUGA